GGUAGAAGCAGGCGAUGGUGAUGAUUAUUUACGCCUCCCGCCAUCUGUGAUUCCUGUAUCCAAAGCGCAUGCUCCGUGCGUGAUCGACCAUCGGUUAUGUCGUCCUCUCCCCCACACAAAGUCGAUUAGAGAGAGAGGCUGAGAAUAAGACGGUUCCCGAAAUAUUAUCUGGUUUCCAUUCCUCAUGCCGCCCCUCUCUCUGCAACUCUGAAGACGGAAUCACUCUAAUCAUGUCUGACCACAGGGUGGGUAGGUUUGAUUACAUGGUUGACGAGGAGGAAAUGGUUGAUUUUGUUGAUGAAAUGGACGAAGAUGUUAAUGAUAGAGGUGGAGGAGAAAUGGCUUUUGAUGAAUAUGAUAUGCUUACUAAGGUGACAGAUACAUCCGCUGCCCAAGCAAGAAGAGGAAAAGAUGUCCAGGGCAUUCCUUGGGGGAGAUUGAAUAUAACUAGGGAAAGUUAUAGAUUGACACGGCUUGAGCAGUACAAGAAUUAUGAGAAUGUUCCUUCGUCUGGAGAAGUAGUAGACAAGGAAUGUAAACCAGUGCAGAAGGGUGGGAACUAUUUUGAUUUCUUUCACAAUACGAGAUUAGUGAAGCCCACAAUACUUCACUUUCAGCUGAGGAACUUGGUUUGGGCGAAUUCAAAACAUGAUGUUUAUCUAAUGUCAAACUAUUCAGUUAUGCACUGGUCAUCAUUAUCUUGCAAUUUGUCAGAGGUCCUCAAUUUUGCAGGACAUGUAGCACCAAAGGAGAGACAUAAUGGAAGUUUAAUGGAAGGUUUUACACAAACUCAGAUCAGUACAUUAGCUGUCAAGGAUAAUUAUAUGGUGGCAGGAGGUUUCCAAGGAGAACUUACUUGUAAGCGUUUGGACAAACACGGAGUCAGCUUCUGUGCCAGGACCACAUAUGAUGAGAAUGCUAUCACAAAUGCUGUUGAGAUAUUUGACAGUGUAAGUGGUGGAACACAUUUCAUGGCAGCCAAUAAUGAUUGUGGUGUAAGAGAAUACGAUACAGAGACGUUUCAGCUUCUGAAUCACUUUCACUUCCCUUGGCCUGUGAAUCAUGCAUCCGUGAGCCCAGACCGUAAGCUGAUUACUGUUGUUGGAGAUCACCUUGAGGGUUUGCUUGUUGAUUCCCAGAGCGGAAAGAUUGUCUCCACUGUUGUAGGCCAUCUAGACUUCUCAUUUGCUUCGGCAUGGCACCCAGAAGGAUACUGCUUUGCCACUGGUAAUCAGGACAAGACAUGUCGAGUGUGGGAUGUUAGAAAAUUGUCUGUGCCAAUUGCAGUGCUUAAGGGCAACAUUGGAGCAGUUCGAUCAAUCCGUUUCUCUUCAGAUGGGCAGUUCUUGGUGGUGGCUGAACCUGCAGACUUUGUCCAUGUCUACAGCGUAAGGGCAGAUUACAAGAGGCGGCAAGAGAUUGAUUUCUUUGGGGAGAUUUCAGGGGUAUCCCUUAGUCCAGACGACGAGUCUCUCUACAUAGGAAUCUGGGACCGGACUUAUGCAAGCUUGCUCCAGUAUAACAAAAAACAUUCGUAUGGGUAUCUUGAUUCCUGUAUAUGAGUGAGUGCAUUGGUGGAGAUUAGCUUCUUUUCUUUUUGCCAUUCUCUUUUUGUUUAAAUGUUGGUCUGCCAGAAGGUUAAAUAUGACCGUAGAGCAAGUAUUUGCUAGUGAUUUGUAGUUUGUACAGAGGAAAAUCAAUCCUGAAAUGAAAGCACCCCCUCUCAACCCAGCCUCAACCCCCACCUCACCCAGCAAAAAGCCUUCCCUUUUUUUUUUGUUCCCCACAUCAUAUUCAUCAACCAAAUCUUUCAGUGCUGCUGGGUUAAUCGAUUCAUGUUGGUAAAAGCUGCGUCUCUGCUUCACUUUGGCUGUGUAUGAUGUCGCAAGUCAUAAGAAUGGAGUCAAUUUUGUGAAGCGAGUGAUCAGUCGGUCAAAAGGGACAUCAGUUGAAGGAUUUGAUAUUUUCACUUACUAUGGAUACAGAUUUUUUUUUUUUGUAAAAAAAAAAAAAAAAAAAGAAUUAAAUUUGAUUGAAGAUUUACCUUUUUAUCCUCAAGUAAAUUUCUGUCACAUAUGCGUAUGUUUUCACAAUAUUUUAAUAUUUCAUGAGGAAUAGUUAAAUUCCUUCAAA